UCCUCUUCUCGUUCCCCGUAAGCAAUUCCAACAAGCCAAGUAAAUAUCUCCGCGAUUGGCCCUUCCUUCCCCUCCUCCCCCGAACCAAGGCUCCCCACCGCUUAGAGAGAGGUAGGGGCAGAUGGCCUCCGCCCUUGUCCUCGGGAACCUAGCUCUCCUGGCGGACGCCGCCUCGCCCAGGGUCGCCAAGGCCGCCAAGAGCUGGCAACCAGAGUUGUCCAUGCCUCGCCCCCUCAGGAGGGAGCCCGCCCCCGCUGCAACCUUGGCCGCCCAUGUCCUCGCUUUCCACGACCACGCUGACGCUGGAGGUGAGCCUGCCGCCGCUUUCAAAGUGACCCGCCGCUGGAGGAGGGGUGCCAGCUCCAAGGUCGGCGCUGCCGGCUCCGGUGGCGCCGGUGGGGAUGGAGACGACGGAGAGGGCGACUGGGAGGAGGAUCUCCGGAGCCGGCUGAAAGAGUUGGAGGAGAUGAAGGAGAUCGAGAAGAGGGCGGCGGAGUUGGUUGCUGAGGGCGCCGACGGGGAUGAGGAGGAGACCGAGGAGGAGAAGAGGGAAAGAGUUCGAAGGGAGCUCGAAAAGGUUGCAAAGGAGCAGGCAGAAAGGAGGAAGACAGCCAAGUUGAUGUUUGAGCUGGGGCAGAAAGCUUAUGGAAAGGGGAUGUAUUCUCGAGCGAUUGAGUUUCUGGAGGGUGCCCUCACCAUCAUCCCAAGGCCCACACUCUUAGGUGGCGAGAUUCAGAUAUGGCUUGCAAUGGCUUAUGAGGCCAACAACCGUCAUAGAGACUGCAUUGCCUUGUACCAGCAGUUGGAGAAGCAGCAUCCCAGUGUCAGCAUUAGACGUCAGGCUGCUGAGCUCCGUUAUAUUUUGCAAGCACCUAAGCUGAAGAUAUCAAAGGAUGAGAUGGUCACCAUACCAUUAAUUGGAUCAAGUUAUGACUGGUAUGCAGGUACUUGGAGUGACAAGUACAAGAACCGCGAAAGAGGAAAGACAAAAGCUACCCAGGUGCCACCAUCAAGGGACUACUGGGGUGACUUCCUUACUUGGCGCCCACCAACUGAAUUGGCCAAGAACCAAGCCUUCUGGCUUAUUGUCACAAUGUGGCUUGGCUUAAUUGGAACAGCAAUUCUCCUUCAAAGAUGAAGAUCCGAGCAUAUGACUGGAUGGGUAGUAGAAGACCAUGCUGCAUCCUUCACUGGAUCCACCCAUGUCAUGAUGGAGUCAAUUUUAGUGAAUUUGAAACAUCUUUCAGAACACUAAUAUCCAAGCAUGUUCCGUAUAAUGAAUGAUCUGGGAUACAUACCUUCGACAUGUCGACCCAAGGGCGUUCUAUCUCAUCAUCCUUUUGGUCACACAGAUGUGUAAAUUAUGAAUGAUCGAGUGAAUUCUUGUAUUUGUCAAACAUUGUCUGAUUUCUCUUUUCUCUCUUGAUACAAUAUAUCAAGAUGUUGUUUACCGUAGUAUGAUGACAUAUUAAAGUUGUAAAUUUUCCUUGCAAUAUUUGAAAAAAAAAGGAAGGCUACUAUCUUGGAUGU